AUGGAACAUUUAAGUGAUUCACGAGGUGGUAGCUCCAGAGGCAGAGGGUUUGGAGGAAGUGGAGGGGGACGAAGUUUUGGCGGUGGAUAUGGAGAUCGGCAGAGCUUCAACUCUUUGAAGGGGAAGCAGCCUGGGGAAGGGUUGAAAAAACCAAAAUGGAGCUCAUACCAACUAACACCAUUCCAGAAGAAUUUCUACACACCAUCAUCUGAUGUUCUCAAUAGAAACCCCAUGGAGGUUCAGGCAUACCGGGAGAGCCAUAACAUCCAAGUUCGUGGAAACAUGGUUCCCAAUCCUAUAAUGAACUUUGGAGAGGCAAACUUCAGUUCAGUUGUGCUGAACGAGUUCCAGCGUCAAGGAUUUGCCAGUCCAACUCCUAUCCAGAGUCAGGGUUGGCCCAUAGCCCUGUGUGGAAUGAAUCUUGUUGGAAUUGCUCAGACAGGAUCUGGAAAGACAUUGGCAUACCUUCUACCUGCAAUGGUCCAUAUUCUUCAUCAGCCCAAGUUGCAGAGAGGGGAUGGCCCCAUAGCACUUAUUGUUGCUCCAACUCGAGAGCUGGUUCAGCAGAUCUGUGAAGUAGCUAUGAAGUUUGGCCCUAUCUUCCAUGUGAGGAGCGUGGGAGUUUUUGGUGGUGCUUCCAAAGGACCCCAGCUCCGUGAAUUAGAACGUGGUGUGGAACUUGUUGUGGCUACACCAGGCCGUCUCAUAGAUUUCAUUGAGGUUGGAAAAACAAACCUGAGGCGCACUACAUACAUGACAUUGGAUGAAGCAGAUCGCAUGCUUGACAUGGGAUUUGAACCCCAAAUUCGCAAGAUCUUCGAACAAGUUCGACCAGACAGGCAAGUCCUCAUGUGGUCUGCUACAUGGCCAAAAGAAGUCCGUAAAAUAGCUGAGGACUACUUGGAAGACUAUGCCCACAUCCAGGUUGGGUCCUUUGAACUCACAGCCAAUCGCAACAUUCUUCAAAUUGUGGAUGUUGUUGAGGAAGAACAGAAGAGUCAAAAACUGUUCCAGUUGCUUGGUGAAAUCAUGGGAGAUAAGGAAAACAAAAGUUUGAUUUUUGUGGAGACCAAAAGAGGAGCAGAUGAAUUGACAAGGCUCAUGCGUCGCGAAGGCUACCCUGCACGCUGUAUCCAUGGAGAUAAGGCCCAGAAUGAGCGAGAUUGGGUCUUGGGAGAAUUCAGGAAUGGGAAGGCCAACAUCUUGGUGGCCACUGAUGUUGCUGCACGUGGAUUGGAUGUGGAUGAUGUCAAGUUUGUCAUCAACUAUGACUUCCCUCAUAGCUCUGAGGACUAUGUCCACCGCAUUGGGCGCACAGGUCGCUGUGAAAACAAAGGAACUGCAUACACCUUCUUCACAAUGCAGAAUGCAAAGCAAGCUCGAGACUUGAUUGCUGUCUUGCGUGAAGCCAACCAGGCAGUCAACCCAAGCCUCCUGAUGAUGCAAGAAAUGGCUCACUCGGGGUUCAAUGGUCGCUUUCGAGGACGGAAGAGGUACGAUGGUGGAUUCUCUGAUUACUCCAGGCGUGGAAAGGGACAAGGAAACCACGGAAGUAGCUAUGGAAGUAGCUUCCGCACUGGACUCCGUGAGAACUCAUAUCGCUGAUGUCAAGGAAGCUUAGGCAAAACGAGUGACUGAAUAAAUUUACUAUCAACCCCAGGUUCUCCAAAAAUCAUCUGUUUCUUUGUGAAGGUAAAAUCUUUGUGAUGAAGCCUCCAUCUCUCCUUGUGAUCUCUUUGGAACUUCACAGUAUUCUUGUGAUCUUGGGACCAAAGUGCUUCCUGUGUUUGAGAUGGAAAUACUUACACCUCUUAGAAUUCUGUUUUUGGCAAUAUACCUUAUACAGAAACUCCUUUCCCACCUUCAACAAUUGCUGUGGGAAGUGACUGGAAAACACCCUAAGUUGGAUGACGUAUUUGCAGUUUCUCAUAAUGGCAAGGAGUUUUUGUAAAAUGGUAUACUGAUAUUUAUUUUCUGUUUUAGUGGCAAUAUUCUCUGGGAAGUUCACACAAGCUUGAAAUCAUUUUUCUGAUGGAAGAGAAUAAAAUCCACUUGUAGACUGGA